AUGGAGGAAACAAUCGCCGAGCUACGGCGUCAGCUUGAGGAAGCAGAAAGGCGUCAGGAAGAAGCAGAAAGGCGUCAAAAAGAAGCAGAAUUACGGGUGCAACCCAACACACUGUCUCACCUUCUCGAUCGCUGCCACAACUCUCUAUCUCAGGCGAUUCGAGUUGAGACGAAAGCGACCCUCACGACCCAAGGUGACGCGACUGACCCUGUCAACCGACUCUAUCCCCAUCGCAUUGUCCCUUGGCUUGACUUCUCCCGACUCCAAGAACAAGUCUGGAAGAAACUCGGCCGCACGGCCGCCUUUACCUCGCGUCCGCUCUUCCCAUCUGAUAACCAGCUAGACUAUGUUGCUAUGACUAUCCAGAACAAGCCGAUUUAUUCAGAAGACUCCCUACAGAACUUUGAGCGCAGGACGGUCGACACCUUUGUCGAGAUGGCGAUUGAGAAGUUACAAGAUGACGAAACCCUUCGACACGAGUUUGGCAUCCAGGGUCGAGUCACCUUCUAUGACCGCGCCAACCCAGCGGAAACCUUGCUUGAGAAUAGCUUGGGGCAGAUGAAUCUUCAGGACGUGCGACUACCAAACACCAGGAAAGGGAGGAGGGCACGAAGACGCAAUCGCCGCGCCGACCAGUCCUGCGUGCACAUUGUGGCCGACGAGCGAAAAGAACCGGUGUAUGCAGUCGAGUUCAAAGCGCCACACAAGGUGACAAUCCCCGAAUUGGUGGCUGGUCUACACCAGAUGGAUCUCGAUCGGGAUGUAAUUGGCCAGGAAGGCGACACGUUCGAGUUUUAUGCCACCUACCUCAUCGCCGCAGUGAUCACUCAGAUAUUCUCAUACAUGAUCGACAUUGUUCGAUAUUUCUUGUGUGUCCCGAAUCAAGACGUGCAGGUGAACGAUGAGUUGCGCCUCCACCGGACAGCCAUUGGUCAGAUGCUUGCCUUCACUCUUCAAGCGCUGGCCGCCGAAGCCCCAUCUCAAGAGUGGCAUGAUGUGGCAGACGACAAGCUAAAGACUUGGGAGGUCGAAUACUUAAAUGUGUUGAGAAAAAUCCCUGAAACACUCCGUAACGACCCGCCAGCCUCCAAUUAUCGAGCCUCGCACUGGAAACGAGAGCCGAAGACACACGAUACACGAUGUCAAUCGACUAAGGAAAGUGAAAGCACAGACAACAAACAGACCUCUCGGAAAGGCGGACAAUCUACACGACCCUACUGCACAACUGCCUGUAUCCGCGGCAUGGUCAACCGAGACCCUCUGGAUAAAGAAUGCCCCAACUGGAAACUCCACGGUGGACAGAGACACUCCAUGGGACCACGGGAGUUCACACGCCGUCUUCACCGUCAACUUGCCCGAAACCGAAACCAUGGGUUUGAACAACUCCACGUCUGCGGUCGGACGGGUUACCUCAUCAAAGCUACUCUUUUAUUACGCGGAUACACUGUGAUAAUCAAGGCUACCACGGCAGACAAACAUCAUUUCAUUCAAACAGAGGCAGACAAUUAUCGUUAUCUCAGGAGCCUGCAGGGAAAACAGAUCCCCGUCUGUCUUGGGACAUUUACGCCACGAGUCUCAUAUUGGUACCACGGUCAACUAAUGGAGCAUAUGAUGAUCCUGAGCUGGUCAGGAAGCAGGCUUCAGCACGUCAUCAACGACGAAAACUCGAGUUUCUUCCACCAGGAGCGCGAGAAAGCCCUGGCGGUGCUCCGCUCGCAUGGGAUGAUCCACGGCGACUGUGAGUGGCGCAACAUGUUGUGGGAUGAGCUAAGUAGCCGUUUGAUUGUCAUUGACUUGGAGGACGUGAAAUGGCUCUUGAACCAAUCUCUAGCAACACGUCGGGAUCAUCGCGUCGGGGCGGGAAAAAGCAGACAAUGGCCCCUGUCUAGCUCAACUACUGUCUGCACAUGA